GAAUUCUUCACUUUAUUCACACACAGACUCACACAAUUGCUUGUUUUCAGUGAAUUUUUAUUUUUAUUUUUAAUUUUUUUCCUUUAAUCGACUGAAGUACACUUGUUGUUGAUAUAGAACGAGUCUUGUUUUAGUUCUUGGUUAAUUGAUAUGUCCUCCUUUUGCUUUACUUACUUUCUUGAACUUUAUCGAGUUUACUUCAUUGUGUAAUUUUGAUUCGAUACACACGGAGAGGUCGUAAUUCUAGUUCCUGGAACACCUGGUACUAGGGUCAGAUAACACUGAACUACAACAUUAUCUGCAGAUUUAUAUAUGGAUUAGGAGAACAAUAUGAGGUGAAAUGCGAUAUUUAUUCAUUGAUGAUGGAACAAUUUAACUGUCUGGCAAUUACAAGUUGUCUUUGGGAGGACUUGGAACUGCAAAUACAAUGUCUUCUGAUAAAAUCUCUAUGAAUGGGCACAACAGUGCUGGGGUUCAGCCACGAAACUCUGAAUAUCCAAACAGGCAUAACUAUGAAAAGAAUUCAGAUUCAAGGAAUUUGAAAGCAGAUGAUAGUGACAAGUAUUUUCAAGAUCAAGAGGUUAUGGAACUUUAUUCACGGGCCAGGGCUCAAAAAGAGGAAAUCCUGUUUCUUCGUGAACAAAUUGCUGCUGCUUGUGUUAAGGAACUGAAGCUUCUGAAUGAGAAAUAUAUACUGGAGAGAAAAUUUGCUGACUUACGAAUGGCUAUAGAUGAGAAGCAAAAUGAAGCAAUAACUUCAUCCUUAAACGAAUUGGCUCACAGAAAAGGUGAUCUUGAAGAAAAUCUAAAAUUGGUUCACGAUUUAAAGGUUGUGGAGGAUGAGAGAUUCAUCUUUAUGUCAUCAAUGAUGGGCUUAUUGGCUGAAUAUGGCAUUUGGCCUCAUGUUAUUAAUGCCUCUUCUCUUUCUGACAGUGUAAAGCUCUUAUAUGAUCAACUGCAGAUGAAGAUUAGAACUUCACAUGCUAGAGUUGGAGAGUUAACUUCUAUGAUGGGAAAUCAUGCUAGGGAUGGAUUCCUUAAUAAAGAUAAUUCUGGUUCUAGUCUCUUGAAUGGUCAACUUCCACAGAGAUCUGCGCAGGAUCGGCAUGGCAUUCCUCCCUAUAAUCAUUAUGCUGAUGAAAGGCAUCUGGAAUCAAAUGAUAAAAGGUCAAGAUAUGAACAUGAUAAUGACCUUGUGCAAAUGAGAAGCUUAACACUUAAUAGAGAGAUGCACCAGCAGUUAAACAGUGACAAUGUGCCAAAGCUCGCUUCUGAUGCUAAUAGGGAAGAUGUGGGCCCUAUUUACGAUAAUUCAGCUGAUAGAGGUAAGGUGAAUAUGAGACCUGAGGAAACGACCAGUGACAACUUGUUUCAUCCUCUUGCCAGGCAUGACAGGGUUGCUUCUUCUGUUUCCGAAGAAGAGGGACCUGGCAUAGAUGGUUUCCAAAUUAUUGGGGACGCUAAACCAGGAGGCAAACUUCUAGGCUGUGGAUAUCCUGUGCGUGGAACUUCUCUUUGUAUAUUCCAGUGGGUUCGUCAUCUUCAGGAUGGCACAAGGCAGUACAUUGAGGGAGCAACAAAUCCUGAAUAUGCAGUCACAGCUGAUGAUGUUGAUAAAAUUAUUGCUGUUGAGUGCAUACCAAUGGAUGACCAAGGCCGUCAGGGGGAACUAGUCAGACUUUUUGCAAAUGAUCAGAACAAAAUAUCAUGUGAUCCAGAUAUGCAAUUGGAGAUUGAGACACAUAUUUCUAAAGGACAAGCCACAUUUAAUGUGCAACUCCUGGUGGAUUCUUCUGAUAGUUGGGAGCUAGCAACUCUCAUUUUGAGACGAUCAAACUAUCAAAUUAAGGUCAAUAGAACACAGGCUGUUUUCAAGGCGGAGAAAUUUUCAAAGGACUUGUUGAUCAAAAUUCCUUGGGGGCCCUCAUCACAAUUUGUAUUAGCAUGUUCAGAUGGUUCUUCGCUUCCUUUUAGCACAAAUAAUGAUGUCCGAAUGCGUGAUACUCUCGUUUUGACCAUGAGAAUGUUCCAAAGCAAGGCUUUGGAUGAAAAAAGAAAAGGAAAAGCAUAAACCCUCUUCAGUUAGGCACAAAGUUUAUAGCAUUAUACAUUCUUUGUAGAAAAUGAAAAAGAGGAAAAACAAUAAAUCUAUAAUAAGUUUUGUAUAUUAUUUUUAAUCAAUUAAAAGACAGUCGUCCUAGUUUUACUUCUUUGUUGUAUGUUAUUAUCAUAGAGGAAGUCAUAACUAGACCAUGUAUCGCCAAGCAUGCAUUAGCUAUAGAUUUCAGUUAUAUUUUCUUUGUGGAUAAUUAAUCUGCAAUAUCUGUGUCUGUUGUGACUAAUCAAAAAUACUAAUGUUUAUCUUUGGUUAUUUUGGUA